CCGCAAAAGGGGUAGAAAGAUAUGGGCCUGCUGCGAAGAGGAAAAACAUUCGCUAUUUUCGGUUAAUAUCAGCAAGAUGUUACGGGUUUGACUCACUUGCUGGUGUCUGGUAUGUGUGCUGCAGCGACUAUUUUGACAGGGAAAGAAUCUAAAAACCCACAGCUAGUGAAACUAAACCGAUCCGAGAGUAUUGCUGAUCGUCGACUAAACCAAAGAUGAAACAACCAGCGGGUGGAGAAAAUGCAGGUGAUCGCAACUCGACGGCAAGCAAAGCUAAUCGACCGAGCACACUGCUAACGAACGAUGAAAAUGAUCAACUUUUUCGUCUGCUGGGACGUCGAUGUCAGACACUUAGUACGGCAGUUGUACAGCUGUACACCACGCAGUCUCCGGCACAUGCCUCCUGGGUAAAGCGAUGCACCGGUGCGCUCUGCUUCAUCAAGGACAACAUCCGGAAGUCAUACUACUUUCGGCUGUACUGUCUCAAAGCGAAUCAAAUGGUUUGGGAGCAGGAGCUGUACGAUAAAAUCGAAGUGACGCAACCGAAACCGUACCUUAUUACAUUCGAGGGUCAGGAUGGUAUUGUUGCAUUUAACUUCGCUACCGAAGAUGAGGCAUCUGGCGUCAUGAAUACUACUCUUACAACCAUACAUAAUCGCAACCGACGGCGCGAUGAACGUAUUAAACGUAACAAUACCCGGAAGGAUCCUCCGCCAGCAAGGCCUCCACCAUUGCAAAACAUACCGGUCGGUGCAACUGGUUCGAACAUUCCCGAUUCAGAUGUGUCCGUAACCUACCGGAAUAAACAACCUUUUGCAAAUCCGUUUUCGGGUCCAGCAGCACCACCGAUGCAACAGUAUCCCGGACAGCAACAGCAGUCCUCAAAUCUUGGCAAUGCACAGCACCAGAAGCCUCGUAAGGUGAAGGGUAUGGGCAAAUUGCAAAAGUCCGACAUUGGGUCACCAUCGAACUUUAAGCAUGUGACCCAUGUCGGUUGGGAUCCGCACAGUGGCUUCGAUUUGAUUGGCGCACAGGAAUCGCUGAAACCGUUCCUUGAGAAGGCCGGCGUACGGGAUCAGCAUCUAAAAGAUCGUGACACGUGUGCAUUUAUAUACGACUUUAUCCAAACGAACAACGUCCUCGAUACAGUGAAGUCGGAGCAGAGCAGCGGCCGCAAGCAAAAGCCUCCGGCGCCACCGCCCGUACCGGUUCGUACACAUACCGAGGCACAGCCCGAAACGUUUUCUUCUCAGCCCCAAUCACAUGAACAUCAUCACCCUCAACAGCAUCCACCAAGCGUGCCGUCCCACCAGAAUGGUCAAACGAGAAAUCCGCCGCCGCCACCACCACACCGUACGCUUCCGCCGCUCCCACCGACCACACCGCCGAAGGUUGCACCCAGCGGACCUUCAGGCACGCGACCGCCCCCGAUGCAACCACCGCCGGCCCAGCAUCCAUCCGUCUCCGUACCGUCCUCUGCUGCACCGGCGCCACCACCUCCGCCACCAAUGCCAAUAGCGGUCGGACCGGUACCGCCGCCGCCACCGCCGAUGAUGCCAUCGCUAAAACCACCGGCGCCGGCCAUCCCAGGUGGGGCGACUGGUGGUGGGGAUGAGGGUGGUGAUGCACGAUCCGCACUGCUCGAUAGUAUUCGCAAGGGAACAACACUGAAGAAAGUGGACCAAAGCGCACAGCACAGCGCGGGUAGCGGAGAUAUGCGCAACGAUUUGAUGACUGAGAUACAGCAAGGGUUCCAGUUGCGCCCGGUCGCGAAUCGCGAGCUAAAUGCGGUCGGCGAGCGAAACAGUGGCGGUGGGGGAAGUGGCGACGUCGGUACGGAUGCGCUGGCCGAUGCAUUGCGCCGUGCGCUAGCCGAACGUGGCCGUGUCAUUCGUCCAUCGGACGAAGAUGACAGUGAUUCCAAUUCCAACAACACCGACUGGGAAGAUUAAGCAGCUUCGUGUUCGGUUGAAGUUGUUUGUUUUUUUUUUUAUAAUUAUUCUUUUUCUAUUCGGCCAGAGUUGAAUAUAUCUGUGACUACCGUUUAAGCUCGACAGUACGAUAGGAUCGGUACAAAAUCCCAUCCGGAUCAAUCUUCCCCCCGUGCGCAGGACUGAUUAUCCAGCUACGGGUAUAGGAAGUCAGAGGAAGCUAGAAAUAGCAUUAAAAAGGAAAAAGGAGAAGAAGAAACAUGUUUACCCACUCCCAAGCAUUAUGGGAAAACUCCGAUCUAUUUGA